AAACUUUUUAUAUACCUAGAACUGUUGAAUUUUAAUGACAACUACUUCAGAGUACAGUAAAGUCACUUGGAUACAAAUAAACCACUUGUGACUUUUCCUGAUGGGCCUUUUUUUUUUUUAAAUGAAUAAGGCAUGAUUUCACUUUGUCCUUGUGAUUUGUAGAUGCAGCGCAUGAUCUCCACACACCAAACCCUGCUGUUUUACUGGAGUCUGACUUUUCCUCUCAGGUUUUACCUCAACUUUAUAGGUUUAAAGCAAAGUUGCAAGCAGCACCACAGCUCUGGAUUUACAGUAAAACCAGGCAUGCAUGAGUUUUUGGCUUCAAAAUGUCCUACAUGACCUUAAUAUCUACAGUCCAAGAGCAAAAAUCAACAAAAUGGGCCAAAUUUAUCCACAAACAUGCAUCUCACCUACACUCAUUUUAAUUAAACCUGUUGCCUGCAUGCCACUGUUCAUCGUGAGAGAAGUGAGGAUGAAACAUUGCCUACAACGGGGAAUACAAAUAACUGGAAGGCUCUUUAAGAAGGCAACUGGAGACUUGUGAGAUUGGCAGAACCUAUUAAGAAGCAGUCUGUAAAACCAUAUCCAGGCACAGCUACAUCCAAGAAUGAGGAUCAAAUAUACACUAUCCAUCGUCUUUUUUGUGGCACUUGUUAUCAUCGAGAAAGAAAGCAACAUUAUCUCAAGGGUGUCAGACAAGCUCACCUUAAAGCAGACCCCCCAGACCCCUCUACAGCCCAGUGGUAUCUCCCAAACACUGCCUAAGCACAAUGGUUCCUUCCCCUCAUUCGGCAAGAUGGACUUCAUGCUGAUGAAGCGGCGCUUAGAGAAAUACAGUGAGCACCAGGAGGUGACGACAAAGGGCAGAAAACACAUUCUCCUGUUAGCCACCACCAGGACAGGCUCGUCGUUUGUGGGCGAGUUUUUCAACCAGCAGGGUGACAACAUGUUUUACCUGUUCGAGCCAUUGUGGCACGUGGAAAAGAUGCUGACUCUGGAGACAGGAGGCACUAAUGCUACAGCGGCAGCCAAGGCAUACCGUGAUGUGCUCCAGCAGCUCUUCCUGUGCGAUUUUACCCUCCUGGAAAGCUUCAUCGAACCCCUUCCGGUGGACCACAUCACCACAGCCCUCUUCCGCAGGGAGUCCAGCAGCUCUCUGUGUGAGGACUCUGUCUGCAGCCCCUUCAUCAAAGGGGUCUUUGAGCGAUAUCACUGCAGGACCAGACGCUGUGGCCCCCUGAACCUGACCAUGGCCUCUGAAUCGUGCCUCCAGAAGGAGCACAGGGCCAUCAAGUCGGUAAGGGUGCGCCAACUUGAGACUCUCCGUCCUCUGGCUGAGGACCCACGCCUUGACGUCAAAUUCAUCCAGCUGGUUCGGGAUCCUCGGGCUGUACUGGCCUCACGAAUGGUGGCCUUUGCAGCCAAAUACAAGAACUGGAAAGAGUGGGCCAUGGGUGGGGACGUACCCAUCGACGAUGACGAGGUGAGGAAGCUGAAAGGGAACUGCGACAACAUCAGGAUGUCUGCCCAAGUCGGCCUCAGACAGCCGCCGUGGCUUCGCAGGCGUUACAUGCUGGUGCGGUACGAGGACAUUGCUCGGUUCCCUAUGAGGAAGGCAACAGAGAUGUACAAGUUUACUGGAAUCCCGUUCACUGCUCAAGUGAAAUCCUGGAUUCUGAAGAACACCCAGGCUUCUAAGGAGACCAGCGGUGUUUAUUCAACACAGAAAAACUCCUCUGAACAAGUAGAGAAAUGGAGGUUCAGUCUACCAUUCAAGAUAGCCCAAGUUGUACAGAGAGCCUGUGGGCCAACACUGAAGCUUUUUGGGUACAAAUCUGUGAGCAGCGAAGAGAUGCUCACAGACAAAUCUGUUAGUUUGAUCGAAGAUAAAGUGUUCAACUUUUUAUAAACUUCAACAGACCUAAACUCCAAACACCUAAGCCCUUAUGCAGGAAACCCUUCUAGAAACUCCGCAAUGAAUUGUAUUUAUUAGGCUCUUUUAUCCUGAUACAGAGCUAUAUAUUUUGUGCUAUUUAAAGUUUUUUUACUAUUUAAAAUAGUUUGAUGAAGAAAAUUGAUUGUUGAGCAGAAAAUAUAGAUAUAUAAAGCUUUCAGCUAUUGAAGCAAAAGUGUUUGGAAUUAUAAGAAACCUUGAAAUACGGGAAUAGCACGGUAAUAACAGGAACACACCUUUGUUUUUUUGCACUCCUCACUUACUUUCUCUCUCCAAUGCAAACAGUGCCAUUGGCUUGUCCUGCGAGUCUGUCCCAUAUAUAAUUCCUGAGCAAAUAUAGGAAAGUCCUGAGGGAGAUACUUGUGGGUUUAUGAACAAUCAUGAACUGUCUCAAACACUUCCAGGACCCUCCAUUAGCUAUUUUUGUGCAACAACUCAUGCGUUAGCAACAUAAGCUGCUUUUAUACCAAAAUACUUGCAAAAAAAUGAAUUGCUUUGUACAACGGCGUUCAUUAUCGAAAGAGGAAAUACCAGUAUCUUGCCAGGCAAUUUUAUUUUUCAUGAGAUUUAGAUGUACUGCCUAUGCUAAUUUAUUUAUGUCUUCCCUUUGCUAAAAGGUCAUUAUGACUCCAGGUCUGAAUGUGCUCCCCCAGGUUCUUUCUCCCUCUGCAGGGAUAGUGUUUUUUUGCACAUCUAUAAUGUAGUUUAUUGUUCAUACAUGUUUGUAAUUUGACCAAAAGUUGUUUGAAGUUGUCUUCAGGACUGUAAGGACCAAUCAUGUAAAACAGAUGUUUACACCGCUACUGUAUGCUAACAUUCCAACUGCAGCUGGUUUGCAGGAUCGUGCGAGGUUUGUCGGCAGGUCUCUGUCUGUUGACACAAGUCUCUUGGCUGGUGAUAAUAAGAGGCCCUGAUGCUCUAGCCUGCCAGACUGUUUGCUGAUGUUGAGUCUGUUCUUUUUGAAUUUUGUUUGUUGCAAUAAACCUUCUUUUACAUUAA